AUGGACGCGAGCUGCUGCGCGCGUAGGAGGAGGUCAAGCGGAUGCAGUCGGUGCCGCUCGUCAUCGGCCAGUUCAUGGAGAUGGUCGACGGCAACAACGGCAUCAUCGGCUCCACCACCGGCAGCAACUACUACGUGCGCAUCCUCAGCACCAUCAACCGCGAUCUGCUCAAGCCCUCCGCCUCCGUCGCCCUGCACCGCCACUCCAACGCCCUCGUCGACGUGCUGGCCCCCGAGGCGAGCAGCAGCAGCACUAGCGAGCGAGCGGCAACGGCGGCGACACGAGAGCGCCGGUCCGUCCCCGCCGCGGGCUGCAGCCGCCCUCCUCUCCUCUGGGCACGGGGACCGCGCCCUGGUCCGACGCCAGCGCCCGCGCGGCUCUGCUCCUCGCCUCCGCUGGUGCUUUCAGCUGGGAAAAUCCGCGGGCUCUGUGAUUCCAAGAUGGAGAAGUGUCUCUGAGGAGACGACAACCCAAUGGAUCGGGCAUGAGGAGAAGAGCGCGGCCUCCGUCUCCAACUUCGGCGGUCAUGGUGGCUUCGCCGAGCUGAAGGAUUUUCUCAGCUGCGCCGAUCAGGAGUUUCAUGAAGAUGCCAAGGGGAGCUCUGACAGCAGGUGCCUCCAUGAGAUGCUUGAGGAGGCCCAGUCCGACUCGCCGCUUUCAUUCUACUCGCAUAUUGACUCUAGCGAAGCAAGCGACAGCGAGAUAAAUUUGUGAUGUUAUGUGGGGUAAGAAAAUUUGUGAGCCGCCGCCGAAGCGCAGAUGCAGGCGCCGGCAGAUAAUCCCGGGUAACAAAAUUCCUGAAUGUUAUCUUGUGGUUGUAGGUUCAGUUGCCUUUGCCUUUUUCUGAAACUUUUUAAGCUUUCAGUCUUGCACUGUGAAACCAGGAGGUUUUGGACGCCGGGAGCACAAAAACUCAAAAUCUACACCCCUGCUAGAAAUAUAGAGUAUGUGAAAUGGAACCAUGAUCCGGAAAACGCAUAUUACUGGAAGUACCAACAAGUGUUGGUCAUGCCUUGCUAGAGUGUUUUUUCUUCUGAAUUUUGGCAUGGGGGGUAUUCCGUAUUGCUGAAGCAGGAUAUGUUCAAUUUACUGUAGUUGCUGCUGUGCAAUUAUUGAAAAUCAAUGCUCCCCCUGUAGUUGUCACAGUAUGUCAUUUUCUUUGUCGGGUCCAAACAGUUUUAAAGGCCUGCACCUUCAAAUAUAUUUUUACUGCUAGCUAGUGAGAAUAUUUUAGUUACUCCAUAAACACAUGUUGAUUAGUGUUAGUCAUACUAUUUACGUGUUGUGUUUUCUACAAUAACAUGAUUAAUUAGGUUUCAUCCUUAGCUUUAGCGUCUUCUUCCAAAAGGUUCUCAUCGAUUAGUACCGUCAACCUGUACAUAUUAUACUUCCUCCGUUCGGAAAUACUUGUCAUAGGGAUGGAUGUAUCUAGAUGUAUUUUAGUUCUAGGUACAUCCUUUUUUUAUCAAUUUGUGCGACAAAUAAUUCCAGACGGAGGGAGUACCAUUUUGUUUCCUCGUUGGCUACUAUUUUGUUCUUAUUUUUUGCAUAGGUGAAAUGUGAAGCCAAGCGUGAAGUCGUGAAGCCUAUAUGCAAAGAGCCGCAUAUCAUGUAUUGUAAUAGUAGACUGUAGUAGGCAUAUUUGAGUUGUAGUAGUGUAAAGAUUGUAAUAGACUAAUUUAGUGUUUUUUGGACGAAUUUUAUUUGUUCUGUGAUCUGUUCAAAAUAUUGAUUUUGUAUGUGAUUUGUAUACCUAUGAAAUGGAAACCUCACAAAUUGUUUGACAAA